AUGGCACAGCCAAGACAUGCGCGCUGGUGGAGCGGAAUAGCUCUGCUGGUAGCAGGAUUCCUGCCACCCACCUUCGGCUGGUCCCAAUUUGUUCUGUUCUCCCUCUCGACUACCCGUCCUGCUGCAUUUUUGUCCUGGGAAGCUCCGUCAUCUCCUCCUCAGUUUUACUACACGACCUCGGUUGUCAACAGCGACAAUUGGAUUGGCUUCUUCCCCCAGGGAACCGGCCCUGGCAGAGAAGGAGACCACACCUACACAGGCUGGGCAAUCGCUCCUGACGCCAGCGGGCUGGUGACUGCAGACAACGAGUUUGAUCUCUGUACACCGGCGGGAGAGUACGAGGCAUACUUCUUUAAGAAGGGUGAUAGGGGUCAUCCGCUUGGCGGGCCAUCCCGCUUCACCUAUCCCGGCAACGCAGACUACAAGAGAUGCGAUGACGGAAGAUGCCUCCGCAGCACUGGUAGCUGUGCUUGCCGCAAUGGUCAGAAGUUGUGCAAGCACCAGUGCAUCAGUGACGAUGAGCCUUGUGCUGGGCGGUGCGACGAGGGCCAGGGCAAGUGCAACGGCAAGUGCCUCAGCACUGAUUUCCCUUGCAACGGCCAAUGCACCUGGGGCAAGAGACGGUGCAACGAUAGAUGCAUCAACGCAGACUUGCCUUGCAGCGGCCAAUGUGCGGACGGUCAGAGAGUAUGCAACGGGAAGUGCAUCAGCGAUGACGCUCCUUGCGAGGGCAAGUGUGGGCAGGGCAAGAGAGUGUGCGACAACACCUGCAUCAACGACGACAGCCCAUGCAACGGUCAAUGUGAGAGCGGCAAUAAGGUGUGCAACGGCAAGUGCAUAAAAUCCGGUGCACUGUGCUGCUCAGAGGGCCAGAAGGAUUGCCACGGCAGGUGUAUCCCGAGUUCGAACGACUGUGAAGCCACCACUUGUGGCUUGCACGCGGGUGAUACCAAUUGCGUCAAUACAAAUUUGGUUCGGUGGCAACCCGGUUACUUUACUCCCGAGAAGUGUGCGAGGGUUUGCAGGUCCGAGCCGGAGUGCAAAUCAUCCGUGGCGGCGACGCAAUACGACGGUGGGUGUUGGCUUUUGCGAGGGGACGUCAAGACAUGUGCGGGAGCGCCGGGCUGGAGCCACUGGACAUAUUCUGAUCGCGAUUGCUAUCCGCCGGAAUCACAUACGGCUCUCUGUGACUUGAGGCGCGGUGGGAGCCCGUGCACUGGUCAGGCAGAACAGAUUCGGUAUGAUGCAGGUGCCAGCACUCCGGAGCAGUGUGCCGCAGCAUGCAAGUCGGGGUCGGAAUGCAAGUCGUACGUCGUGGGCUUGGGGAACAAUGCCGGAUGCUACCUUUAUAGAGAGGAUCUUAGCAUUUGUCGCGGUCGGCCUGAUGCCGCGAACUGGAAGUACUUUGACCGCGACUGCUAA